GCCGGCGUCCCGCCGGCAGCGAGGCAAAGUCCUCCGCGAAACUUCCUCGCGGGACUUUGAGCAACUUGAGGCCGCGGAAGGUGUCGCCGAGCGCCGCGCAGGGAGCGGCCCCUGCUUACCCUGGUGCGUGGGGCGGGACCCCCGCGGUCGGAGCAGGUGAGGGGACGGGCACGGGCACAGCCCGCUCUGCCCGGAGAAGUGCCGGCGCCGCCUCGUCCCGAGCGGCGGUGUCGCCUCCCGGUGUCGCAGGCCGGGGCUGAGGGGCCGCGUGUCCCCCGGAGCCCCCCGGGACAGGAGGGUCUGGAAUUCUGGGGGGUCUUCCCUCCCCGGUACCUGUGGCCAGGCUCGCCCGGACAGCGGGGUCAGGGAGGCGUCUGGGAACACACAGAGGUGUGUGAGGCGGUACUUUGGAAUAAACAGGAUGUUUGUCACCUUCCGAUCGUAAAGCUGGAUUGGGAGUCAUCUGGAGCAGAAGCUCAUAUUUCACAUGUGAAGCUCUUCACUUCAGAAUUAGUUAUCUGUCUUGAAUGAACUUAUUUCUACAUAUUUAUAGUUUCGUUUAAACUGCUAAAUACAGACCAUGCCUAGCAGAAUGGGCUCAAAAAUUGAUUUGAACAAAGACUUCAUCAAAGUAAAAACACACUACAGUGGGGACAUCCUGAUAACAAACCUGGAUGCCUCAAUGAGCUACGAUGAGCUCUGUGAUGAAGUGCACGAGAUGUGCAACCUGCAGCAGGAACAGCCAAUUACCCUCAAGUGGAUUGAUGAUGAAGGUGACCCCUGUACCAUCUCGUCUCAGAUGGAGCUGGAGGAAGCCUUCCGUUUGUACUGCCAGAACAGGGACGAGGGGCUCAUCAUCCAUGUUUUCCCAAGUAUUCCAGAGAAGCCCGGCAUGCCUUGUCCAGGAGAAGAUAAAUCCAUCUACCGCCGGGGCGCCCGAAGAUGGAGGAAGCUGUACCGAGUGAAUGGGCAUUUGUUCCAAGCCAAGCGCUUUAACAGAAGAGCGUACUGUGGCCAGUGCAGUGAAAGGAUAUGGGGGCUCGGAAGGCAAGGCUACAAGUGUAUCAACUGCAAGCUGUUGGUCCAUAAACGUUGUCACAUCCUUGUCCCACUGACCUGCAAAAGGCAUAUGGAUUCGGUCAUGCCUUCCCAGGAACCUCGGAUAGGUGAGAAAAACGAGGAAGUUGAUCUCCCUUCAGAAGACACUGAUGGAAUUCCCUACAUUCCUUCAAACAGGAAACAUGACACCAUUAAAGAUGACUCUGAGGAUAUCAAACCAGUCAUUGAUGGAAUGGAUGGAAUUAAGAUUUCUCAGGGGCUUGGACUCCAGGACUUUGAUUUAAUCCGAGUUAUCGGCCGUGGAAGUUACGCCAAAGUUCUGCUGGUUCGGUUAAAAAAGAACGAUCAGAUCUAUGCCAUGAAAGUGGUGAAAAAGGAGUUGGUCCAUGACGAUGAGGAUAUUGAUUGGGUACAGACAGAGAAACAUGUGUUUGAACAGGCAUCCAGUAACCCAUUCCUAGUUGGUUUACACUCAUGCUUUCAAACAACGAGUCGAUUGUUUCUUGUCAUAGAGUAUGUGAAUGGGGGAGACCUCAUGUUCCAUAUGCAACGGCAGAGGAAGCUUCCUGAAGAACAUGCCAGGUUUUAUGCUGCUGAAAUUUGUAUAGCUCUAAACUUCCUCCACGAAAGAGGCAUCAUCUACAGAGAUCUAAAACUGGACAAUGUUCUCUUGGAUGCAGAGGGUCACAUCAAAUUAACAGACUAUGGCAUGUGCAAGGAAGGUUUGGGCCCUGGUGACACUACAAGCACUUUCUGUGGGACACCAAAUUAUAUUGCACCAGAGAUCCUCAGAGGAGAAGAAUAUGGGUUCAGCGUGGACUGGUGGGCUCUGGGCGUGCUGAUGUUCGAGAUGAUGGCGGGACGGUCCCCGUUCGACAUCAUCACUGACAAUCCCGACAUGAACACUGAAGAUUACCUCUUCCAAGUUAUUCUUGAGAAGCCAAUCCGGAUUCCAAGGUUUCUUUCUGUCAAGGCUUCCCAUGUGUUAAAAGGAUUUUUAAACAAGGAUCCCAAAGAAAGGCUUGGCUGUCAGCCCCAGACAGGAUUUGCUGAUAUCAAGUCCCACACGUUUUUCCGCAGCAUCGACUGGGAUCUGCUGGAGAAGAAGCAGACGAGCCCUCCGUUCCAGCCGCAGAUCACGGACGAUUACGGGCUGGACAACUUCGACACGCAGUUCACCAGCGAGCCCGUGCAGCUCACCCCGGACGAUGAAGAUAUCAUAAAGCGAAUAGAUCAGUCAGAAUUUGAAGGAUUUGAAUAUAUUAAUCCAUUGUUGCUGUCAACAGAAGAAACAGUAUGAAGGGAUGAGCUGGUUGGGGACAGUGUGACUGACAUUAAUUUAUCCUUAACUCCAGUAUAUGCAUGCGAGGCUGGGACUGCUCACUCGGGAUGGAGACCAAUGAUCUAAAAACAAAUUUGCUGCUGAGAAUCAAAGAAGAGAAUAACGGUUUUGGUGGGUGUCCUCUGCCACUUAGUGAUUCUUGAGCUCUGGGCACUGACACGACUGGCUUCAUUAAUGAAGGAAUUUGCAUUUUGUGCCUGUUUCAUGAAGGAUUCAAACGUUCAUUGCAUCCCUGCAAAAGGAGAUCAUGAGAAACUUUGAGAUCCACACACUCUCUACAAACAUUCGAUGCAAUGAGCUCCCAGUUGAAGAGUAUUCCAGUGUAACAUCCUGAAGAAUAAAAUAUAUUACGGUGGUGUUGAAGCUUAUUUUUGAUGCCUUUUUUCACAAGUGGUACCUGUCUAAAACGUCUCAGAUAUAUUUAAAAGGAGUUGUGUUUUAUUAGCAAUCAAAACAUAAAUUUGGGUACAGGAUUUAAGUGCCUAAAUGGAUAAACUGCAUUGAAGGAUUAUUGCAUAUUUGGAACGUUCUUACACCUGGUAAGUUCUGCUUGUUAAUAUUAAGUAACCAUUUCCAUCUGAAACAUACAGUUCACAGCUGCAGCCUGGGGUUUAGUUGCAUUUUUACAGAAUUUGGAAUGCAGAGUGACUCCGUGAGAUUAAUUCCAAAUUAGAAUUUACAGUAUCGGUUUCAAAAUCUGUUGUCUUAAAACUCCAAAUUUACCAAAAUGUAGAGAUUGAAGAGAACUAAAUUUGCACACAAAGGAUUUCUAAACAUACUUAAGCAGUGCCUACACCUACAAUGAUCUUGUGUUGUAUAUUAGAUUUUUGAAAAGUAUUUUUAUCAACAAAACAAAUAUUCAGAAGUAGAGCAAAAGCCUAAUAAAGCAUAGCCUUAAAGUUUAAGUAGUAAAUCUAGAAUAACCAUAAGAUAAAAUCCAUUUUUCCUGAUAAAGCACACCUCCUACUUCUAUAAACUGUCUGCUUUCCUCAGUGUCCAUUAAUAACUAACCAUUCUGCGUCAGGGAAUGGGAUGGUUCCAGAAGUGAAUUUGCAUCAAAGUAGGAAAUUCCUUUACUGGAAGAAAAACAAACGCCUAAGAAAUUGGAAAAAAGCAAAAGGCAACUCUCCAGUCCCCUCUGGUGGAGAGGGGGGUGUCAGGGCAAAGGUGCAGGACUGAGCUCGGGGAGGCUCCUGGGGAGGGUCCGAGGGGAGCCCCCGGGGCCGGGCUGUCCCUCUGCCCCGGGCUGGCUGGGGGGUCACUCUGGGGGGCUGGAGAGCCAGGAGGAAAAACAGCUCUGGGGGCAGGAAAGGCAAGGAGAAACCCUGAGCCGUGGCAUCUCCCUGAGGGGGUGGCAAAGGCAGGACAAAUUGGGACACUUUCACUUUCUUUCCAUGAACCUCUGGUUUUCUCAGGGUACAGCAUUGCAUUAGGUGCUGAACAUGACAUCUUUGGGAUUCACAUCCAAGUCAUGAGGUGCUAGGACCAGACUGCCAAAACAUUGUUUGAAGUAAUUAAUCACUGAUUAACAAUCUGUUUUGUAUCCCCUCAUUAGCCACAAUUAUGCAGACCUGUGGUUGUUGAGUUCUAGGAAUCCCAUUCAGGUUUCAGUUGUGGGUUUCUCUGUUGGACUGUAGCUUUUCAUAUUAAGCAAGAUGUGUUUUAAUCAGCACUAAAUAAUUUAACUAGUAAGAAAGAUUUGCCUCAAAUGCCUGGACUUUAGAUACUUUAUUAUCUACUAAAGGCAACAUUACCUUUUAAAUGUAAUCUGACAUUUUUUUUAAUUACUCCCUUUUCCCCUUCUCCCUCUUUUAUUUUAUUUACCCUGAAUAACUUUUCUUUCAGUGUUUUCAACUCCCCUGGUACUAAAGGUGAUCAGGAGUGAUCAGAGUGACUGCAGGCAGCUCAUGAGUGCAAAUGGGGCAGGUUAAGCUGUCCUUUGACAUGCCAGGGCAUGGAACUUGAAACUGGAAAUCUUAAGAAAUGUGGGUUGGGGUUUUUUUUAACCUUUUUUUCUAGGUUUCAGAACAUUUUGGGAGGGAGGGAAGGAAGAACAGGAAGACACAUUUUGCUAAACAAACAUUGUAAAGACUACUUGAUUUUUAUUUAAGAAUUUACAGGCAUUUACAAUGUUGCUGUGUUGCCAAAUAGUUUGCUGGGUACAAGUUUGGUUGCUCAUGUGCAAGUGUUUGAAUAAUGUUCUGUUCAUGAUGAAGGGGAAAUUUUUUAUAUAAAGUACUUGUUUUAUAAAUAAAAGAAAAUGAAGGAUGUAAUUAAAUGUGUGGUUUGGAAAAAAAAAUCCUAAUAUAUUACAAAUGGAUCUGGUAAUGAUAUAUAGUUGUCUUAUUUGAAAUAGUAAAUGAAAUUCUAGCUAAUUUAAUGAUUGUAAAACAGUAAAUAUGUUCUUGUAGUUUUGUAUAAUUAAUUAGUUGGGAUCUUUGCUGACCAGUUUUAAUUGUGCAGAAGAUGGUAUACUAAUCCAUAACAGCUGAGAUCAUUUAUAUUCUUGCACAUCUAUUAAAGACUUUAAUGAAAAAGUGAA